GUUCGACACACAAGCAAAGAGGAAGCAAGCACAAUGCACAGCGCAGUCAACAAGAAGCUGGCGGGCGAUUUGGUCGACAUGGCUUACAUCCGCCAAGGCAGCGAGUCUCUCAGGGCGCGAGAGAAGCAACUCACAUCGCUUCUGUCCCACCGAAAGCUCCCAGAACAUGGCUGGGACGACCUGUCAAUCCAAGGGGUGCUGCACGAAUUCGCCCAAAUGGACAGCAACAACUUUGCGCACAAUGUCGGCGCCGGCGAGCGCGAAGCACGUGUUGCGAGUUCCCUGGUUGCCAAUCGGUGUUUCCACCUGGCUCAUGGCGUCGGUCGUUCCGGCGACAUCUGCGCGAUCCAACCCAAGGCAGCAGGGUCGUCGUUGAUGGUGCAGCUCACCAACCUCCUCGUGAAGGACAUGCUCCACAUCGCAGGCCUCAAAAACGCCAAGUGCGCGAUCGUCCUCCCAGUCGCAACUGGCAUGGCCAUGCUGUUCGCGCUCCUCACGCUCCAACUUCAAGCUCGCAGCGCUGGGCACGCGGCCAAGCGCUAUGUGCUGUGGCCUCGCAUCGAUCAAAAGUCGUGUUUCAAGGCCAUGGUCACUGCAGGGCUGGAACCCGUUGUGGUGGAGAAUGUGUUGGUCGGCGACGAAUUGCGCACAGAUUUAGAGGCACUGGAAGCCAAAAUCGUAGAGCUCGGCGCGGAAAACAUUCUGUGUGUGCUGUCCACGACCAGUUGUUUUGCGCCGCGGGGAUACGAUCGUGUGGAGGAGAUUGCACAGAUGUGCCGGCGCCACGACAUUGGACACGUGAUCAACAACGCGUACGGGUUGCAAUCGUCCAAGUGCACCCACUUGAUCAACCAAGCGAUUCGAACUGGCCGUGUGGACGCGUGUGUUCAAAGCACCGAUAAAAACUUUCUUGUUCCGGUGGGGGGGUCGGUCAUUUGCGGCCCCGAUGUUGGGUUUGUCCAAGAAAUCGGCAAAAUGUAUCCAGGCCGGGCUAGCAAUGCGCCGCUGUUGGACUUGUUCAUUACGAUGCUCCAUCUCGGCAGCGACGGGUACAAGGCGCUCUUGGCAGAACGCAAGGCGCUGGUGCCGUACUUCAAAGCCAAGUUGACGGAAGUGGCCGACUCUUGUGGUGAGCGACUGCUGCACACCCCCCACAACGACAUUUCGUUUUGCAUGACGCUUCAGCACCGCAUUCCGUCCGUGGAUGCAACCACGUUCCUCGGCUCCAUGUUGUUUUCCCGCGGUGUUUCUGGCACUCGAGUCGUCUCGACUAUCGACGUCAAGUCUGUGGGCGGCCACCAGUUUAUUGGGUUUGGGGCUCAUGCCAAUGCAUACCCGUCGGCGUACUUGACGGCCGCGUGUGCGAUUGGCAUGACCAAAUCUGAAAUCGACGUCUUUGCCGCUCGCCUUUGGAAGGCGCUCGUGGAAUUUCAAACCAAGUCGACCUUUGCGAUGCCUACGACUACUACGCCUGUACAGGUGCCCCCAAGCGAAGCCAACGUGUGUGCACAAGAGGACCCAUCUCCUCCAGAUUCUACUGCCUAACCAACUUAACCAAGUCUCUAUCAGGUUUAC